AUGAGACGCAACACCCAGACUCGGGCACAGCACCGCGGUGUAACGCGGACACACGGCACAAUCUCCACGAGACACCAAACGGCGCUGCCCGCGACGCCGCGCAGAGGAGCGCUCCGUGAGGCGACCUGGUCACGGCAACGUCAGACUAAAUCUAUCCAUAAAAUCAGACAGUUUGGGUCACUGAUUGCUGAAACAGAAGAUUGCAAGAAACUCUUUAAAAAUGCUGUGAUGCACAAGCUGGCUGAUGGUCUGUUACACCAGCUUAAAGAGGCCACUUUUAUGAGGAACCUUAUGAAGAUUCCACUCUUUGUAAUCAUUGCUUGUGCCAUCCAAAUGUGUGAGUCUUUUCAUUCAAGCACCCAAACUCUACUAUUUUCUAUAUGACUUAAUGGUGGAGAAAAAAGGUACAAAACAAAAGAAAUCACAGAAAAACAUAUUAUGCUGAGCAAAAAUCAUUGUGGAGACUUAGCUUUAGAUGGAAUAUUUGAUCAAGGAUUUGAUUUUCAGUCUGAGGCUUUAGCUGGCAUAAAAGAAGUCUUGCUAACUUCAGGUCUUCUGAAUAAAUGCACAGCUCAAGGACUGUAACCAACAUGGAGAUUCUUUCAGAAAUCAUUUCAGGAAUACACUGCAGGCAGAAAACUUAACCAGCUACUGACAUCCCGCUAAGAAGCAGAGUUGAUGAAAGGGUAUAGUUAUCUACAGAAACUUAAUAUUUCAGAUAUUCCUAAUUCUUAUUUCAAUUUGAUCUUUUGCACUUGUGGAUCCUCUCUAGAUGCCACUAGAAUAAUGCUGCUCUUGCUGAAACUAACUGAUCAGCACAGAAAUAUUUCUCAACUGUUAUCAUUAAAGAAUCUGGCUUUGGAAAGUGAAUACACAAAAAAAUCAGAAAGCAUCACAGAAAAAGAAGUCUUACAUAAAACUGAUGACAUUUUUGUGGACUGUGUCAUUAAUUUAUUUUAUGAAAGUUCUUCAGAAUCAGCAUUGAGCAGAGAUUUUAAAGGGUUGGUUUUUUGUGAUAGAAGUAUUUACAUUAGCACUCAAAAUAUCCCAAUUAUUCCUGAAAAGGCUGUCUCCUUAUUUUCCAAUUGGAACCAGACUCUCCAAUCUUCAGAAAUUACAUUGCAACAUUUCAACAAGUUAAAGAAACACGAUAUUAAAUAUCUGGGCAAAAUAUGUGGCUCUGCUGCAAGUCUCAAGCUGUAUGUCACUAACUGUGCUGGUACCACAGGAACACUGAAUGAAGUCCUUGAAAUCUGUAAAUCUUAAAAGGUUUUUAACGUGGAAUCCACACCUCUUGGUGUGGGAGAUGAGCAACAGAUCACAACAACGACAAACCUGAAAACCAAAGAACACCUGGAGAGCCUUUGGCACUUGAACUUGGCAAUAAAAUGUGUGACACGUGAUGGCUGGCUUUCCUUCUUGCAGCCACUGAUAUCUCUCAAGAAGCUGGUAUCUGUAGAUUUCAGCAGCAAACAAGACCGGGUGUCUGCAUCUCUCGUAGUCUGCAAAUUAAGUCAGGUACUAACCACACUAAAUUAUUUAAAGGAGAUUAAAGUGAUUGUAUGGAAGUUUGAUUGCCAUGAUCUUGGACUUACUAGUGGUGCAAAGGUAGCUGCAAAACUUGGAUUUAAAAAGCAGCUGACAGAAAAGGGUUAA